CACCCGCCUCCGGGUGACUGGAGGCGGAGGAAGGGGUCGGGCGCCGGCUUCCUCGUCGCAGCCUUUUCGGGGCGGAGAAGAAGCGGCCUCCGCCUCCAGCUUCCCGGAGUCUCCCGCUGCCUCGCUCGAGCGACCCGCGGAGGAAGCGGGUCGGGGAUGACCCAGGCGGAGAAAGGGGAAGCGGCGGCGGCGGAGAAUGGGAAGGACAAGGAGCGCGACAAGGAGAAGGAGCAGCGCGGCACCAAGAGGCCCAUCGUGCCUGCCGCCGUGCCGGAGUCCCUGCAGGAGCAAAUACAGAGCAACUUUAUUGUUGUGAUACAUCCUGGCUCAAUGACUUUAAGGAUUGGAAGAGCUACAGACACACUUCCUAUUGGCAUUCCUCAUGUCAUUGCAAGAAGGCACAAACAGCAAGGGCAACCCAUGUAUAAAGACAGUUGGCUUCUAAGAGAAGGACUCAAUAAACCCGAAAGUACUGAACAAAGACAGAAUGGUCUCAAAAUGGUUGACCAAGCAAUAUGGUCCAAAAAGAUGUCAAAUGGUGCCAGACGUAUACCAGUGUCACCUGAUCAGGCCCGAUCUUACAAUAGGCAGAUGAGACCUGCUAUUUUAGAUCAUAGCUCUGGAACAAAAUGGACAAACACUGCCCAUCAUCCUGAAUAUGUCAUUGGAGAAGAGGCAUUAUAUGUUAACCCUAUGGACUGUUACAAUGUUCAUUGGCCUGUUCAUCGAGGGCAGUUGAACCUUCACUCGGGGCCAAGUGGUUCCCUUACUGCAGUCCUAGCUGAUCUUGAAGUUAUAUGGUCGCAUGCAAUACAGAAGUAUUUAGAAAUACCUCUGAAGGAUUUGAAGUAUUACAGGUGUAUUUUGCUAAUUCCAGACAUCUAUAACAAGCAGCAUGUGAAAGAAAUAGUAAAUAUGAUCCUAAUGAAGAUGGGAUUCUCAGGCAUAGUGGUCCAUCAGGAAUCUGUCUGUGCUACUUUUGGAAGUGGCUUAGGUAGUGCAUGCGUCGUUGAUGUGGGGGAUCAGAAGACAAGUGUCUGCUGUGUCGAAGAUGGUGUUUCGCAUCGUAACACUAGGUUAUGCCUUGCAUAUGGAGGUUCUGAUGUGUCAAGAUGCUUUUAUUGGCUUAUGCAGCGAGCUGGGUUCCCUUACAGAGACUGCCAACUAGCUAAAAAGACAGAUUGCCUUCUCCUGCAGCACUUAAAAGAAACAUUUUGUCAUUUAGACCAGGAUUUAUCUGGACUAAAAGAUCAUGAGUUUCAAGUCCGUCACCCAGAUUCUCCAGCUUUGCUGUAUCAGUUGCGCUUGGGAGAUGAAAAGUUACAGGCUCCUAUGGCAUUAUUUUAUCCAGCAACCUUUGGAAUUGUGGGGCAGAAAAUGACAUCUUUGCAGCAACGAUCACAAGGUGAUCCUGAGGAUCCGCAUGAUGAACAUUAUCUCUUAGCUACACAAAGUAAGCAGGAGCAGUCUGCAAAAGCAACAGCCGACAGGAAGUCGAUUUCCAAGCCUAGUGGAUUUGAGGGAGAUCUGCGUGGCCAGUCUGCAAGCGUUGCUGAAAAUCUCUAUCCUCCAGAAGUGGAGAUUGGCACUUCACACGGUGACUGCAUUAUGGGUGGAAAUGAGUCUGAAGAACCCCUUACAGCUCACAUGUCCAGGAAAACUGCUGUAUCUCAGUUUGAAGGGAAAGCGUUAGGCCUUGACAAAGCAAUCUUGCACAGUAUUGAUUGUUGUGCAUCUGACGAUACCAAAAAAAAAAUGUACAGUUCCAUCCUGGUCGUAGGAGGUGGUCUGAUGUUCCACAAAGCCCAGGAGUUCCUUCAGCACAGAAUUCUCAACAAAAUGCCUCCUUCUUUCAGGAGAGUUGUUGAAAACGUAGAAGUUAUUACGAGACCAAAGGACAUGGAUCCUCGUUUGAUAGCAUGGAAAGGGGGUGCUGUUCUAGCCUGCCUGGAUACAACACAGGAGCUCUGGAUAUAUCAACGAGAAUGGCAGCGAUUUGGUGUCCGUAUGUUACGCGAAAGAGCUGCUUUUGUGUGGUGAUCUCGUGCAAUAUUUAGAUAGAGAGUAAUACUCAGCAUUUUUUCCUCUUUAUAGCCCUAACAUUUGUGUUUUUAAUAAAAUCUGUAUAAAAGUAUCUUGUUUCUUCUGGGCUGUUAAAGCUUUUCUCUAGAUUUAUGCUUUGGGGUGGUCUCAGUGAAGCUCCUAUUGUGACUACAUUAAUAAUUCUCAUUUAGUAUGAGGGAAGUAUACAGCUAGGGGUUGUCUCUAUCUACUGCCCAGAACAGGCAGUCAUAUGGUUUGUUACGCUCACUUCCCAGUUCCUUUCUUGCCUCCUCCAGGAUCAGAGCAAUUUUUCAGCUAUUCCUCUUCAGCAUUUUCUCUCAGAACUUAAUUCUCUCCCUACUCAUCUUUUUCUCACUUCUUUCUUGCCCCUGUUGACUUCUCUUCCUCCACUUUAAAAUGGGAUGAGUGAGGAAAGGUGACAGCAAAGCUGAUUAAAAAAAAUAGCACAAGACAUGUUCAUACAGUCAGAGGUUUCUAAAGGUUAUUGAGCAGGCACUGUCGAGUCCCCAGAUGAGAGGUACCAGGGUGAGUGAUGUCCAGAACAAGAGACAGACACGGAACAGGACUUCAAUUUCCCAAUUGAUAAAAUCACCCAGGAGUGAUGCAAAAAUCUACUAACAGUCAUAGUGAAUCUCUUUUCUUUUCUGGUCAUCUCGUCUGAAGGCCGAAGGUCCAGUAUUGUAUAAACAUUGCAGAAUGGGCUGAAACCAUGAGUCAUGUGUGUGUCAGGUUGUGAUUAUGUGGAAUCUCAAAUGGUCUCUUCCUUGGUUAACAGUUAAUAAAGUUUGAGGGAAUUUCCUUGCAACUUAUGUCACACUCCCUGUCUCCCAGAAGCAGGAACAAGCUGAGCUAGCUGGUGAGGAAAUUAAAAGUUCCAGAAUUUUAUUCUGUGGAACAUUUGGACACAUCUGCUUCAGAAGCAAAAUAGGAUGAGCUCGAGAAGUGGAGGCACUAAAGGGUUCCAGGACAGCUUCUGUGGAGGAUGUUUGGCACCUUCUCCCUCAGAAAGAGAUGAAGUCCUGAGGGCUGGGGGAAUUCCCUGUUCCCCUCUCCCCACACUCCCGGCACGAAGCAGGUAGAUUUGGAAAGAACCAAUUGUUUCUGCCUAGGGAGCUGCAUCUUUGACUCCAAAGCCCUGAGGGGGCAACAGGGGAGUGUUUCCAAGUGUUUCAAUAAUUUUUUAAAAAAACAUAAAUUCCAAGGUCAAUAACUUUUUUUUAGGAUGUAGCCUUGAGGACCACUGGAGUCUUCUGCACCAUCUGAACUAAGUGAGAUGAUUUUUUUUCUGGCUCAAAGGUAUGCAGUACAGUACCGGCACCUUUUUUCCCCUAGAAGAAAAGCACUGAUUAUAGUAAUUGUAAUGUUCUUCUUUAUAUGCUUGUUAUUGUGUGCUGCUU